GGUUGCCCACACCAUAGAAAGACACUUUCUGAGAUAUGUAAAAAGAAAACGAAGUUAUGAGGGUUCUUGAAGACUUGAGGGCGUAACCACAGAGCCUAAGGAACAAUUACACUUCAUACACAGCCUUUUUGCUACUAGCUUCAAAUGUGUUAGCUCUGCACUUUAAAGGCCUUAUCGUUAGAAAGAGAAAUCUGUGGGACAUAAGUGAUGCCAAUAAAUGAAAAGAUAUAAAAUUAGGCAAUCGAACUUCUGGAGUCAAACAACUUUGUAAUGAAAGCAGAUGGUUCCUGAUGAUAUUGGAUGUUAGUGGACCUGUAAUGCUAACGAAGUGAAAUUUGUAAGACACGCAAUUAAAUUCCAGCUCAAUUACUGGAUAUUAACAUUAUCGUUGAUAUAUCUGAUCAUUCUGAGUCCAGUCCUAAAUUAAGUAGAGAGUGUUUAUUGCUCAUGAGGAUAAAACAACUGUUCAAUGCUCUAGGAUUUUCAAUUGUUUUCUAUUUGGAAUCACUGUUAAUAACUAUUUGCAAACUAUAAAAAUAUCGGUUGAUUUUAAAACACAUGAAAUGUCUAUUAGUUGUUUUUUAAUCGUGUUAUCCGUGCGCUUUCCGAAGGAUACGUUUGCUUCUCUUAAAACUUUCUUCUCCUUUACCUAAAUAUAUGACUUACUUAUUAACUUAUACCCAUUUAAUAGGGUAUUUAGUUUGUUUUAGGAUUUUAAAUGGAUCGUUCUGUACCGGUCAACUUAGUCUUUAUAAAAUGUCAGCCUUUUUCACAAUAGUUUUAAUUUAGUAGUGUUGGAUACUCAUACUGUAGUCCGAAAUCCUUCGAAAAAAAACAAGUCGCUUCCACACUACGUCAGGUUCUAGAACAUAGGCACACAUUCAGACGCCCCACAAUCGUAGUAUUUCUCGACCUUAGGGCGGCAUUCGACUCUGUUGAUCGUGAGGCUCUAUGGCAGUGUUUGUCACUGAAAGAAGUACCAAAGAAGUACAUUAACCUUGUAAAGGCUCUCUACUCGAACACAACUGGUAGAGUGAGAGCUUAUGGCGAACUGUCAUCAGAAUUGAUUACCUCAAGUGGUGUUCGUCAGGGCUGUCCACUCUCUCCAUUCUUGUUUGACUCUAUCGUAAACGUGCUUUUAGAGAUAACACUUCCCUCAUCUAAAUUUUCAGGGGUUGAAGUUCUACCGGGAGAUUCACUUGUUGACUUAGAAUAUGCCGAAGACAUAGUUUUAUUUGAAGAAGACGCUGACAAAAUGCAGAGUCUUCUGACUACUCUAAGCAACAAUGCAGGCAUGUUCAGGAUGCGAUUCUCCCCGUCGAAAUGCAAAAUAUUGCUUCAGAAUUGGGUUGUAUCGGCACCUGAACUAAUGAUAGAGAGUGAAGUAGUUGAGCGUGUCGACCGCUUCACUUAUCUUGGAAGUCUCAUCUGCCCUUGUGGUCUGGUGUGUGACGAAAUCUCAGCACGGAUACAGAAGGCUCGAUUAGCUUUUGCCAACUUGCGUCAUUUAUGGCAUAGGCGAGAUAUCCUUCUAUCAACCAAAGGAUGUGUUUACUGUGCAGCAGUUCGUUCCGUCCUACUUUAUGACAGUGAAACAUGGCCGGUAAGAGUAGAGGAUAUUCGUAGGUUACUAGUAUUUGAUCAUAGGUGUCUUCGAAAUAUUGCUCGUAUAUCCUGGGACCAUCGACUAAGCAACGCAGUUGUUAGGAAAUGGGUACUAGGUAAGGAUGGCAAAUCAAUUGAUGAAGUGGUGAAACUUCAUCAGUUGAGAGGGCUGGGACACGUGUUGCUUAUGCCCAACCACCGGCUGCCUCGACGUGCGACGCUCAAUGGUAUAGCAGUAGGUUGGAAGAAGCUAGGGGCGGCUAUACCAAAACAUGGCACAAAUCCAUGAAGUCACUGACAACUGGACUGAGCCAUGUUGGCAGGUGUAGACUACCUGGUUGGGGACCGCGAGAUGAUAGCAACCGAUGGUUAGAGACCCUGAAUGACAUGGCUCAAAAUGGUUUGCAAUGGCGCAGGUGCACACACUCUUUAUGUUCUCCCAAAUUCUAAUCUCCUGAAUCCUCCUUGUCCCUUUUUUUUCUCUUUCCAAAUUUAUUUCACUGGAUUAUACUCUUUAAAUAGCAUCUUCAAACCCUAAUCUUUCCGAUUACAGCUUACACUCUCACUACAUCUACCGCUACGGAAUUUGAGUCGACAACUGCAUCUCUGUGCUAAUUUGGUAUGGCAACUCGAACUGAUGUGCGUACUACGUACGUACGAAGUUCUACGUUGUUGCUGACUGACUGACUGAUGAAAUCAUCGCAAUACAACUCAUAAUCGAUUCUUCCGAUAAUUGUUCAUCUGCAGUAACUAAUAAGUGUGAAUCAUCUUCACUUGCGGCUAUCCCUGAUCUUUAUGAACCUCUAUCAUUCGCUUUGAGCAUUGGAGAACUUUAUUUAACUCAUGUAUGUAGACAAAUCUACUAUCGUCUAGGUCAGUUCAUGGAAGAUCCUAAGAGAAAACCAAACAAUUCAGGCAUCUCUACGAAUUCUUAUAAUUUAUGUAUUGAUUGUCCAGUAUGUUCUGAUCCAUCUAAUCCUUCAGAAAAUCUGAACUGCAAGCAUAUUUUAAAUGACCAGCCAUUACCCAGUAAUGUCUCGUCAACCGAACACCCUGAAGCUAUGUCAGAACUUGUUAAUGCUGACGAUGAACUAGACGAUUCUGGUGACGUUAAAUGUACAAGGACUUGCUCACAUGAAAGUAUACACAGUAAUACAGAUAACGAUGAAGAUGAUGAAGAUCAUGCAAGAUUACGAUUUCGUCGAUACUCUUCAGAUGAAGAUUCAGAACAUGAGUUUGUAGAACGGGGAACUGACGAAAAUGAUAACGAUUCAGAUACAGAUUUUUGGGGUUCUGAUGAUUCUAGUCUAUUGCAUUCACAAGAUGAGAUUAAUUCUACUGGUACAUCCUCAGAUGAUGAUCCUGAUGUUUUAUCUGAUGAUCGGUUGAGGCGUGCUUCCAAACUGAAUCAUAUGGGAUCCCAACGAGAUGUAAAACAGUUAAAACAUAAUGAUUCGUCAAAAUAUCUUUCAGAAUCCCGUUCAGUAAGUAAGGAUGUAAGAAGUACAUUGACUUGUAUUUCAGAGGAGGAAACGAUACAAGAAGGCAAGACGGAGAAAGUAGAAGUUCCUUCACUGGUUUCUCAUCCAUCUUCAGACAAUGCUAAAGAAUCAGUGCAUCAUGAUUCUACUACUGAUUAUGUGGAGAAAAAUAUGCGUUACUCUUCAAAAUGUCAUUCAGAUUCUAUUAAAGAGAAUUUAUCAGAUUAUCCUUCUGUUCAAUUUGAUAAAGAUUCUUACGACCCAAAUACAGAUAUACCAACACGUAUUAGUCUAUUUAGUCGACUUUAUUUAUUUCCUGCUGUCAAAUUGUUUUUGGAUUGGCUUUCAAGUUCACAGUUUCAACAUUUAAAUUUAUCUUUUCAAAAUGUUAAUUCCACAUUAACAGAUAAUAUAACUAAUAAAUCGCAGAAACCUAGUAGAGCUAGUAUUAUUUGGCAGGCGUCUGUAGAAAGAUUCGUAUCACAACUAAUCCCAUUAUUAAAUAGUAUUUAUCCAAUAUUCGAUCAAAUGUCUCAUGAAAUAUUGUGCAAAAAUGUAACCGAUACAUCAGAAUCAUGUGAAAUUAGUCAUUGUGAUCAAAAAGAACACUUACAUGUGGAUUCGUGUACUCACUUGGUUGAAUCGAAUACCGAUGACAAAACCAAGUUCAAUAUCGUUCAUCAUUUAUCACCUGCUGCAUACCGGACAAUGAAAAAAAUUUUUUCUCAACAAAUUUUCAAUCCAAAUAAGUUUCCCGUUGAAGAACAAAAUGAAUCAGAGAAAAAUUUUGUAAAAGAAACUGUAAUUCCUAAUGAUGAAAAAUCCAAAAUUUAUCCUCUUCCUGAAGAUUGGUUACUACUUGGCUUACCAUCAAUGAAUUGUAUUCAUAAAAAAAUUGAUUUUCAUAAUGGAUGCAUAUCACCGUCGUUAAAUGAAGUAGAUGAGAUCGUAUUUCGGUGCGCCUCCCUUACGUUUCAUGGGUGUAGUUUAGCAUCACACAGUGGUCAGUUGGGUUUAUUUGUUACAUAUAAUUCUACUGGAAAUGGUGGUCGACCUUUUAAGUGUGACAUACCACUGUCUAAUGUUGCUAGUCUAUCCUCUUCCAAUCAUUCUAAUUGGCCCUAUUUGAGUCGACGAAGACGUCGUGGUCGUCGAUAUCAGAAGUUCUAUCCUGGCUAUGGAAGAUGUGAUCGUUACAGUUCUUCUUGUCCCAAUACUGGUUAUCAGUAUAACAGAACUGAUCAUCGUAAUACAUGUGUACCUCAUAGAGGUCACUCUUAUAGGGAACAUGCUAGAUAUUCAGGCUCGGCUAAAGGUCACAAGUCAUACUAUGAUUCCAGACAUCGUAACAAACACUCACAACAAGCAGAUAAUCAUCAUAACGAUUGGGAUACAAUAGAGUCUGUUCAACAUUCAGAAGUUUCACCAUCUGAUGUUCUUCAAUCUGUCUCUAAAAGUGAUGCACAAAAAUCUGAUUCAUCUUCACUGGUUAAAUGUGAUACUAAAUUAUUUGACAAACCUCAAAUUAAUUCAACAGAAACUGACCAGUCACGCCGAGAUCAAGCUAUGCGAGAUAUGGCUCGUCUCCGGCUACUCAAUGAAGUCGAUCAGUUAGAACGUCAGUUUCGUAAUCAAUCACCUCUUUCAUACAAUAAAAGAAGCACUAACACUGCAUCUUCCAUGCGGAAUUCGGAUUCAAAUAUUCAGGAUAAAAACUUGGAAUUCGAUAUUAAAAAAACCUUUUUGUCACCUUUUCUUGUCAUAGAUGCUUACUGCUUAACCAGCCAUUUAUCCAUGGUCAAACAAUUAGUCAGUUCUAAUCGUUUCGUUUUAAUCAUACCACAAGCAGUUAUUUCCCAUUUGGAUUACUUGAAGAAAACAAUGGCAUCCGCUAGAGUAGCGAUACGAUACCUGGAACAUGAAGCUCACGGUGGCAACCGUUAUCUGCGAUUACAAAGACCAGAUGAGCAACCAAAUCAACUUAUUGAACUUCAUCGUCAAGAUGCUGUACAUAACGAUGCUCAAGAUUUGAUAAACGACACGGAAGAAGACGAACCUAAAGCACCCACCAACCAAAGCUUAAAUCUUCGCGUUGUAAGAAGAUGGGUUAACAUCCUGAACUGUGCGUCUUAUUUUGCACAGACGCUCAAAGAUUCCAACAAUUCAUCUGAUCCAACAUCUGUAAACAAAAACCCCUUACUUAAAGAAGCUACUAAUUCAAAUGAACAGGAAACCAAUAACUUUCUAUAUUCGCUUAAUAUUUCACCUCCAUAUGUAGAUCUACUAAAUAAAGAUUGCAGUACAAAUGAAUUGAAUGAGUUGUCACUUACUAAAACAGCACCUGUGACUAUUCUGAUUGGAUUUAGAAAUACAUCUGUUGAAGAUACAAUAGUUCCUCAAGACUUUUUAAAGCUUGCAUUAAAUCAUGGUGUACGGUUGGAAUUAAUUCGCUCCUUUAUUCAACGUUGGAAAGCGAUCAAAACAUGAUAGGAAUAAAGAAUAUACAUGUACAUAUGUUUUUGUAUUCAACUGAUGUAAAAUAACAUUGUACAAAAUAAGAAGAUUGUCUUAUCCAUC